UGCAUUUGCCCGCAAAAGCAGCUUUCAACUGGAUUUAUCAAUUAAUAGAUUUCGUUAAUAUAGCAGCCAAAGCAUUUUCCUUAUCGGGCGUCUCUGGACAUUAGUUAUGGCUCGUUAAGUAGUAACAUUACAUAUCCCAUGACAGGAUGUACCUUACGGGUAAUGACUGAGGAUUGCAUCCUGUCUAUAGGACCUGCAGAGAAUGGCUAUAAGGAUUGUUUCAACAAUAAUUUGUUGGCAGUCUUAAAUGUUGGACUCAUUAAUAUUUCAAUAUUUCUUAAUGAUCAGAACACGUUAUACCCGAAAAUAAAUUUACGAUCUUCAAUUCACGAUGUGCAUUUAAAAACUUGUUUUGAUUCUGCGAAUGCAUUGGCUCAACUUAUUGCAUAUAUAGCAAAUGAUAAAGACUUAAUAUCAACAGAACAAAAUAUGGACAAAAAUAAAAGUGAUAAUUAUCAAUCAAAAAGUUCUGACUCUAAAGGCGAUAGAACGUGCCAACAUAUAAAUACGCUUAUGGCAGACGCUGUCAAAGACGUCGAAUCUAAUCUUUCAACACAUACUUCUUCUAUGGAAAAAUAUAGAAAACAUAUGCUUUUAGAAGAUGAUGCGAGCCUGAAAACCAGUUCCUGCUCAUGCUUUAGUAAUUCCGAUGAAGGCAACAUUUUAAAAUUGGAGUCUAACCGACUUUUAAAACCCUGUAAUCAAGACAAUUUAGAAAAAUCUUUACCGCAAAUUGAGUCUGAACUGGGGACAGCAACUUUCAUGCAUAAAUCAACAGUGGAGGAGAAAGAUUUCCACGUUAUUCGUGAGGAUGAACUUUUUUUUAUGGAUAAUUUUGGAGUUGACGAAGUUUUUGUCUCUGAAGAUCCUCUCCGAAUCGUAGACAAUCACUUCAGUAUGCCACAUGAAAAAGUUGACCUCCUUCGAUCACCUAUAAGUUUUCCUAUUUCGGAAGAAAGCUAUACCUUGUGUGAAAUGACAUUUACGUGGCAUCUAUUUGGAGGCAAGGACUUUCCAGACCCAGAAAUUAAAUCUACAAAACAGUUUUCAGCAGUGCCUAAAAUGUCCGAAACAUAUAAGCAUGGCGUGUCGGAUCCAAAUGAAAGCCAUGAAAACAUGAGAAAAAUCAUUCCUGAUGCAUCAGCGCUAUCUCAACGUAACCCCGAUAUUCUUGUAGAAAUACAAUUAACAAAAAUUCGUAUUUCUCAUGAUACAUACCCGAUUAAUGCGGCAUAUUCAUCUAGACAAGUUCUAAUUAUUUCUGAAAUAGAAAUUCGGGACCGUUUAAAAUCAUCAGAAAUUAAUAAACUUCUUUAUCACCCUUUUAUCAACAACAUUUCACACAAAAAUAGUGAAAACAUGAUCACUGUGAAAGCGCUUAAUUCUCGAUCCAAUGCGAAUAAGAGCAGAGCGGAGGAAUGUUCUUUGAAAGUUUCAAUCUUGCCAAUACGUCUUAAUAUUGACCAAGACACGUUAAUUUUCUUGGAAGAAUAUUUUUCUGCAUUAAUUGAAGCGUCCAAAAUUGUUGAGUAUUCAUGCAAAAAUUUAGAUUUAGAUAGGGAUGUGCCAAUAAUGACAGUAGAAGUUAACCCAAGUGUCGUAAAUGAGUUAAAAUCUACUAAUCCAUCCGAUGAAGAUGUAGCUGAUCCUUUUGAAAAAAAUGCAUUAAAUGCAAAUGAAUUAGAAGAAGGCAUGAUUUUAAAUGAACCUAUUUACUUCAAAGAGUUUAUAUUUAGUCCAUCUUUGCCUAUAUGUUUUGACUACCAUGGUCGAAGAAUUGAAUUAUCCCGGGGUCCAAUAACAGGAUUGGUAAUGGGACUUGCACAACUACAAGGAUCUGGAAUUAACCUUCGUGAAGUUAUAUGUCGACGAGGUCUUCUAGGGUGGAAUAAGUUACUAGAAUUUUUGUGUCGUGAAUGGCUUAAAGAUAUUAAAAGGAACCAGCUCCCCAAUAUUUUAAGUGGAAUUGGGCCAACGAAUGCUGUACUUCAAUUAUUCCAAGGAUUCUUUGAUUUAUUUCGACUACCAUUACAACAAUACAAUAAAGAUGGCAGAAUUAUAAAAGGUUUUCAACUUGGUGCCCAAAGUUUCAGCGCACGAACUGCCAUUGCAGCACUGGAAAUUACGUCUAGAAUAAUUCAUUUACUCCAGUUUACCGCAGAGACCACGUUUGACAUGCUUUCUGCAGGACCAUCAUUAAACAGAAGAAAAAAACCAAAAGUUGGAAAGAAACGCCAUAGCCGCCCAAAGGAUUUACGUGAGGGUGUCGCAAAUGCUUAUACAAUCGUAAAAGAGGGAAUAAAUGAAACCGCAAACACAUUAAUGGAGGCUGCCGUUGUGGAGCAUGAUCAAAAGGGUUACAGUGGCGCUGUUGGUGCUGUUGUCAGACAAAUACCUCAACUGGUCGUUUGCCCGGCUGUUUUAGCUACUCAGGCUACAACUAAUAUACUAGGAGGUGCUAAAAGCUCUCUAGUACCAGAAGCGAAGCGUGAAGCCAAAAAUAAAUGGAAGUACGAGAAAAAUUAAAAAGUAUAUUAUAUUUUUAUUAUUAUUUUAUAAUUAAUAAUAGCUCUUUUUAAAUGUUAGCAGUCAAAAACUUUUUACAAUAACAAAAAUAUAUUUUGUGAUUUUUUAUGGGAAA